AUGCAGUUCUCUCGUCUUUCUGUCCUUGUAGCCUUUCUCUCACUGGUCGUGCUUGCUGCGACCGGCUCGCCAAUCUCUGACACAGACACUGCUGCGGACACUGAGGCGGAUGGUCAAGAUCUCAUCGUCGCCUACUAUGACCGCCGCCGCAGCGCCAACUGA